UCCAUUGGCUGCGGCGGGGCGGGGCGGUGCCGCCCAGGCAGCGCCGGGAGGCGGCGGCGGGCACGGCCGGGCGAUCCGCCGCUGCCGCUCCGACACCGACACCGGCACCGGCGGGACCGGGAGCGGGGCCGGGCCGGGCAUGGACAGCGGCCGCCCGGACCAGCUCGGCGCCGACCGGCGGUGCCGGCGGGAGGCGGGGGUGGCACUGCGGGCGCACAUGCACGGCACGCGGCAGGUGCCGCACCACCCUGGAGGGGCACCGGCCCCCCGUCCACCGCGCCCCAGCUCGGCGGCGGACUCAUCCUGCAGCCUGGAGCAGGGGGGUGAGGAGGAGGAAGGGGGGGGCCCGGCUGCCCGCUCCCCCCCAGCCAGCGAGCGCAGCCUGGAGUUUGACUCAGGGUAUUCGGAGGCGUCGGGCGGCACGUGGCGGGAGGAGGAGGUGCCCGUGCGACGCCGGCACCCACCGCCCUGCCAGCGGGCGCACCGGCUCUCCGCCGGCCCCGCUGCCCCACCACCAGCCCCCACCCGCCGUGCCCGCCCCAAAUCCACCUCGGACGCCUGCCUGGAGCAGUGGCGGGUGCUGGAGCCGGCCGACACGCAGGACUGGACCGUGGCGCUGCUGUCACAGAGCCGGAACCGUCAGCCCCUAGUGCUGGGCGACAACUGCUUCGCCGACCUGGUGGAGAACUGGAUGGACCUGCCCGAGGUGGGCACUGAACCCCGGCGCCGAACCCCCGCCGAGCCCUCCCGCCGGCUGGCCAAGCCCCCUGCCUUCCUGCUCAGCCUCUCAGGCAACGUACGCCGUAAACUGGCCAACAUGGCCCGACCCCGGGGAGCCGAGGGUGCCCGGCUGGCGGGCCGCGAAGCCACCAAGCGUUUCUCCUGCCCGCUGGGGCUGGGGGGACAGCCCAAGGGCGCCUGCUUCCACCAGUCCCACAGCAACAUCGCUCAGUUGGCCACGGACUUCCACCGCUUCACCGCCCUCAUGAACAGCCGCAGCCGCCAGCCCAUCAUCUGCAACGACGUUAUCGGCUACAUUUAGCCCUGCCUGCACCCUUCUCCGCUGUAAAUAAACCCCAAUUUU